UAGCGUACUUCACUCUCCUGUAUUCUCCAUCGCCCUUGCAGAAUCUAUAUUUUGUCAUUAAUAGACACGACACGACGUACUGCGAGGGUAAAGGGGAGGAUAGGAGAGUAAAGUACUUAUACAUAGAUUUCUACCUAGAACUUCUAUGUUAAAAGUACACACAGUAAUGAAGUACGCCAGUCGAACGAUAGUGGCGCUAUGCACUAAAGCUACGAUAUGGUUGUGAUUAAGAUGCUUCGCGGGCGCGGGAUCUCGUAGAAUAUAGAGUACAGAACAGGCUACAGUACUAAAGUUCAGAGUACAGAGUACGGACUACUGACAGUGCGAGGCUGACCUGUACGACACAAGGUUGCCUCACUCGAUAGCUGUCUCACUUGAAUUGACUCGCGCUGCCAAGUAGCAAAGUACGCGAGGCGGAGUAUCGACGAAGUUGUUCAAUACAUGUUAAGGCAAAGCAAGUAAGGAAUUGCGAGCACCUUUGAUCUCGUCAAAAGACCGACAAUCGCCCUAUUUGCUCGUAUCGAGACAGCCUCGCCUUGAGUGUACAUAUCAUUAUAUAUAUCAGUGUCCGCUAUGUCUAGAUAUUGUAUACUGUAUUGUAUACGAUAUGAUACGUACACAGUGUUAUAUCAGUGCAUAACAAGAGAAGUUUGUUGAAAUGCGGGCCAUACAAACGAUAACGUUACGCAGAUACAUGGUGGAUAGAGCAUGAGCCUGAUAAACUCUAUGAAUUAAGAGAGGGAAAGAGAAAGUUGUCGGAAGUUCUCGUUUGUAUGCGAUACAUAGCCUGCGUUAUUUCAACGUUAUAUACUGAGAAAAGUCCACAAUACUCCAUCAGUUACGAGGUGGAGCAUUUGGAGUUCAAGUUUGGAGUUCUUCCCCCUUCCUUCUUUUUUAUCAAAUGUCGAUGAUUUAGAGAUGUUUUGAAUAUCAAAUAGAGAUAUGUAAAUGGGUAUAAGAUGAUAUUUCCAUGGUUGAUCAGAGAUGGUCUGCAAGUUGUAGACUUAUUUGCAAUAUGAAUUGUGUUAAUAUAACAAUUAGAGUAUACUUUGGUACAGUUAUACUGCCAAGACCACAAAGCAGAAAUAUAUCUGGUUUUAUGGUUUAGAAUAUCGACCUAUAUCUGGUCCUAAUAACCAUAGUUUUUCAAUGGAAUUACAAUUAUCAACUACAGCUAAAUGUAGCUGUUUAGGUCUAGGAAGAACUAAGAGUCCAGUACAUCCUGAAUAUGCUAGUUAUGAUGCUAGACUACACACAUUUGCAACAUGGCCAAAAUCUAUACCACAAAGGAAGGAACAGUUAGCAGAUGCAGGCUUUUACUAUAUUGGAAAAGGUGAUCAAACUUUCUGUUACUACUGUGGAGUUGGUUUAAAAGAUUGGGAACCAGAAAACGAUCCUUGGGAGCAACACGCAAAGUGGUUUUCUAAAUGCUGCUAUUUAUUAAUGGUUCAAGGGCAAGAUUAUGUAAAUAAAAUAACAGGUCAGGAUAUAUCUCCACUUUUUAAAGAAGAAACAGUGCAAAUUGAAGGUGCAGACUCUGUAAUAUCCAAUGAUAAAAGUAAUACCGAUAAAAAGGCUAACUUAAAGGAAAUUAUAACUUUGAAAGAAGAAAAUAGAAAAUUAAAAGAAGCUCGUUUAUGUAAAAUUUGCAUGGAUCGAGAAAUAGCAAUUGUAUUUUUACCUUGCGGGCACUUAGCAACUUGUGCUUACUGUGCAUCAUCUCUUACAUAUUGCCUAAUGUGUCGACAAGAAAUUAAAGCCACUGUUCGUACAUUUCUAUCAUAAAUCGAAUAAUAAAAUAUUAAUUGAUGUACAUAUUGUUAAAUUUUCUUAUACAAAUUUAACAAUUUAAAAUAUAAAAAUAUAUAUGUAUAAAAUUAUAUUUUUUGUAUAUUUUAUGAAAAUGAUGUACAUAUAUUAUUGUAUUUGUAAUUUAGUCUUAUUAAAUUAAGCCCACAUAGUGAAAGAAACAAAUUGUAUAAUAAUA